AUGGCCUUUUCCUUCGCACCAGUGAGUAGUCAUGCGUGCUUCCAGGGCGAUACUGUCGAGUAUGGCGCUUACCUUUGUUGUGUCUCUGCCUGCGAUCUAUAGGCUGGCAGCAGCACGGCAGGUCCAAGCGCUUCCUUGUUCGGCAACACCGCUCAACAUAACCAAGCUCCUAAGCCGGCGUUCUCGUUCGGCGCGCCAGCGCCAGCGCAGGCUCAGUCCAGCCAGCCCUCUCAGCCUGCUGGUAGCGCUUUUUCGUUUGGACAGUCUUCACAGGCACAACAGCAGCCCUCGGCGUCAGCAUCGACGCCAGCUGCAGGUCAGGGUCAAGGUCAAGGGUCAAGCUUUGGUGGGUUUGGAUUUGGACAGAAUCAAUCUGGACAAGCUCAGAGUCAGGCAGCGGGACAGAGCACAACAUCGGCUCCAGCGCCCGGCACUUCGCUUUUUGGCGGCGGUGGUGGCGCGUUUGGCAGCUCAAUUAGCAAUCAACAGCCUGCCCAAAGUGGGUUAGGAGCGGGUAGCACAAGCACGGGUGGAGCGGGGUUAUUCUCUUCUUUCAAUCAGAACCAGACUCAACCUCAACAGCCGCAGCUGACGCAACCAUCGCAAGCGAAGCCGUUGUCGCUCUUUGGACAAAGCCAAGGUGGACCACAGACGCUUGGUGCUACAAGCACGGGUCUCUUCGGACAGUCUCAAGGCUCGCUUGGUCAGCAAUCUCAGCCCCAACAACAACAGCAACAGGUGGACAAGCGACUAGGACCCUCAUUGUCCGCUAGGUUGGCUGCCGUUCACCAAGCAUGGGACAGCAACAAUCUCCAGACGUGUCGGUUCCUGGUGAGCACAGCUGAAUACUGCCCUCUUCGCGGCGCCUGCAUUUCUUUGCUUACCCUUUGAUCGAUCUUGUCAGCACUACUUCUAUGUGCCAGUACCCAACGAUCAGCUGCACUUCUUGAACCCUCAACCCGGCGCAGGAGGUGGCAGUGUCAAUAGCAACUUUGGCAGGAGGAGCGAUGCGGUUGGUCCCAGGCACGAAGAGCUGUGGAGGGACGCUGUCAAUCAAAAUCCUAAUCCUCGCCGGUGAGUGCCUUGAGAAGCUGAGCGACGGUCGCAAAUCAAUUCUGCAUCUCAUAGAGCUCAUGCAGACGCGAAUUUGACCACGCAGACUUGUGCCCGUUUUGGCUGUGGGUUUCAAUGAGCUCAAGAGUCGUGCAGAUGCUCAGCAGAGCGAAGCAGCUCGUCAACGACAGCUUGUAUCGCAGCUGCGAGAGAAAGCAGCUGUGCUGGCUCAAUCGCACACACUGAAGAAUACGACUCGGACUUCGGCCGCGUUGCGGAGGCAAGUUGCGCUUCACCAUCGCUUGAUUUCCAGUGCUAGGAAAGCAGCUGCGCUUCUCCCACCCUCCGCUUCUCAACCUGGCCAAUCGCGAAGCGGCUCUCAUACUGGCGCUGCAUAUGCGCAAGCGAGCGUGGAGGACGAGCAGUUGAGAUCCAGAUUGGAACAGUGCGAAGCGGAGAUCAGAAAUGGCAAGCUGAAAAGCAGGGUCAAUGAGCUGUGGGCCGCACUGGGAGCGGUCAAGGCUCGUGCAGGAGCCAGAUCAGGCUCUGCCAGUGGAUCGAGUGGGACCGCAGAAUGGGCGGUAGUGGAUCCGGAGGCGCUGGACGAGGUGGCAAGGGUGAGUCUUGCUGGAAUUUGGCAGCCGAAAGGGAGAGGGCACCCUCGGGACAGAGCGAUGAUCCGCGUUGCUUUGCAACGUUGAAUUCGACUGAUCGCGGUCCCGUGCUUUUGACGACUAUCGCUCGCAGAUUUUGGGCUCGCAGCAAAAGGGACUGAAUCAUCUGGUGGCGACAGUGGAGAAUGAUACGCAGGUGAUGAACACCAUCCUCAAGGGCUUGAGCGGAGUCCAAUUGACCGGUGUCAGAGGACCUCAGUACGCAUUGGAAGAUGAGGGAUAG